CAGAUAUGGGUAUCACUGAAUUUGGCAUUGUUUUCAAAUAAUUAAGAGUUGAAGUCGAUUCUUGACAGAAUUGAGGUCAAUUGAGGUUAUAUAUUUACGAUAAGUUUAGGCAUCUAUUGCUACAAGACGUUGGCAAAAUCAGAGGUAACUGAUGGUGGCGAUAAUAUAAAAAGAAGGAAAAGUAUCCACCGAUAAAUUUAUUAAAUUUAUAGCAUCGAAAAAUGACUACAAUUAGACCAUUUACUUGUGAAGAUAUGUUGAAGUUUAAUAAUGUGAACCUGGAUCCUCUGACGGAGACAUAUGGGCUGUCCUUUUACACUCAGUAUUUAGCACAUUGGCCUGAAUAUUUUCAAGUUGCAGAAUCACCCAGUGGAGAAAUCAUGGGUUACAUAAUGGGAAAGGCAGAGGGACAUGGUGAAAAUUGGCAUGGUCAUGUAACAGCCCUAACAGUGAGCCCUGAUUACAGAAGAUUGGGUCUGGCAGCUACAUUGAUGACAAUCCUUGAAGAUGUCUCUGAAAAGAAGAAAGCUUACUUUGUUGACUUGUUUGUGAGAGUCAGCAAUAAGGUAGCAAUCAAUAUGUACAAAAAUUUGGGCUACAUUGUUUACCGUGUGGUUUUAGAAUAUUACUCUGGAGAUCCUGAUGAAGAUGCUUAUGAUAUGAGAAAGGCUUGUUCAAGAGAUGUUACAAAAAAAUCUGUUAUACCAUUGUCACAUCCAGUUAGGCCUGAAGAUGUGGAUUAAGAUAUACAAAUAAAAUUUGUACAAACAGCA